AUGGAGGAUUGCCGAAUCUUCGAGAUCGGAACUCGUGUUGUCAUGUGCCCGUCAAAGCGAUGGCAAGGGGUAGGCAGCAUCAGCCGGCUUCACGACAACGGCACGACGUGUGCGGUGAAAUGGGACUCGGGAAGGCUGGACCGGUCCCUGCUCCUCUCAGACCUCAUCGUCAAGAAGGCAGGAGGGACAGGCUUUUCUCCUUCCUCAUCUCCCAAAGUGCUGAGGGCAGGCAGCCAGUCAGGAGCGGACAAGGAGCAGGAGCAGCCGAGCCAGUCGCAUGCCUACGAUGAGAUGAAUGGAGGGGAAGAGAAUCCCUCAGAAGAGAUGUCUCGCUGGCAGGACGAUGAUGCUGACAGCGAGGAAAGGAAGGGAGGAAGCGGAGGAGGAGGAGGAGAUGUUAAAACGAAAGAUCAACAGGUGCAGACAGACAGCUUCUUAGCUGGUGCACCAACGAGACCAUGGACGGUGUCUCGUGCACAGCAGACUGAUGAGUUCGAAGACGAGAAGGCCAUCUUGAAGUCAAGAGGCGGGAAGGACGCGUCUGCAGGAGGGAGGAACGCCUCUGGGCUGGGGCUGACCCUGCUGCUCCUCUCCACAGUCGCGCUGGUGUCCUUGUGCAAGGCGAAAAAUUUCUCCCUGCUGUGA